AGUUUAGAGAAGCGGUCCCCAAUCUGUUUUUGGCCCCACCUAAGUAUCUCUAAAAUCCUCCCACCCCACCCCCUCCAGUGACAUAUAACUGUUAUUAUCCAAAAGUGAAUACGGAAGACUUUUUUGUUAGCAAUUCGAUUGCACGUUUAGUAUUCUUUUGUCAUAAAGAGACACAGGCAAUGAAGCUAGGUCUAAAACUUCAGCUUGUGGGUUUCCUGACAUUACAAUCAUUUGUGGGUGGAUAAUGAUGUGUCAACAUAUAUUCUUUCUAUUCUCAUUACCUAUUCAGAAGGUUCUUUUCCCUAUAAAUAAUGUAAGCAUUUUAAGUAGCCAGCAAGGAAUCAGAAAAAAAUCACAGGAAUGGAAAAUGCAAGAAUUCUUUGCUCGAACCUGAUGAAUUUUUGUUGAUGAAAACACUUCACGCUUGAUAAAGUUAAGUAAUGAUAUAGAACAAUUAUCACGUAGGCAGUGGUUUAUUCGAGGCCAAAUUGAUUUGUGUAAUCUGCAUUGAAUUCAGGGCAACUUAAGUGUCCAACUUCAUUGUGUGUAUUUGGUGAGAUUAUGCGAGACUAUCCGGUCACCUGAAGUUAAUUUUCUUGUGACUGAUAAUCUUUUUUUUUUUCAUACAGUAAUAUUGACUUGCCAUACAAGAUUUCCAUGUGGCUAAUGGAUUGCAAUUUGCUCAUAUUUGGACUAAAUCCCUCCAGAUUUUGCUAAAUGUCAACUUCUAGCAUCAUUCAUCAUUAACAAUAUUGGCAAUCUUGGGGUUUGCACAGUUCCUGCUCCUGUUCUAAAUCUUGGGUGAGAGUCACGUAGAAGAGUCAUGUAGCCAGUGAGUUGCAUGAAAUUCUAAAGCUGCUUUUGUAGCCUUGAGAAAUCAUCCUCCAUGUUUUCCAACAAAAAGGGGAAAUGGGGGGAAAAUUAAAACAUGUAAAUUGUACCUUUGAAAUAACUGUAAAAGAAGAUCUGGGUGGAUGUGUAUAUUUCCUGGAGCACAGAACGUGUGUGGCUUUAGGUAGGAAUGCGACUCUUUCAGACUUCAACGACUGGGGCAUUUUAGGACCUAGUCCAAAGAAAUAGCGUUUUGAAGCUUUGGGUUUUCUUAGAAUUCAUUCUGAUAAAUUUUAAACAAUGGUUUAUCCAUUUGCACACCAAACACGCUUUAAAAAUAUUUGUCCACUUGCUUUUGUUCAAUAAAUAAAAUAAAAUUCAGCCCUGUUGGGUGUUGUCAGAGCCUGCUGUUUAAUAUUAGAACAAGAGCGCAUGAUGACUGCAUGAACACAGCUCUUAUAUUGCUGGUCUUCCUUCUCAUUGACACUUAAGAAGAUGUUUGCCAAUUUUAACCAAUACUCUGUACACGUACCCUAAAUCAGUGCUUCCCAAACUGUGGUCUUCCAGGUGCUUUGGACUUCAGCUCCCAGAAUCCCUGAUUGUUGGCCAAGGCAGGUGGCUUCUGAGAGUUGAAGUACAAAAAGAUCACUGCCCUAAAGCAUCUUCAUUGUCACUUCAGUCUGUUGUCUCACAGCAGUCACAGUGUUGAAGCAAAUGGAAACAUGCCAGCAAUAUACUGGCUUGAAAACAAUCACUAUCACAUCUGCCUGCAAUGUGCUAUAUUUUUGCCAUCGUUCACUUCUCCUCUCCCUGUCCAGUCCACUCUUGUCCUGUCUUGCCUCUGCUAAUGAUCAGGAGAGGGGAAGGGGUGCGUAGUGAUUGGCUCAAAUGGAGGGGUUUUGUUGUGUUAAGGAGGGGACUGUUUCCUAUGGUGGUGAUGGGAAGGACUGAAACCUGAGCCAGCCUUGCAAAACCUUCCUCUCUCUUUCCCAGGGUUCAUGCUUCCAUAUGUAAAACCAGGUAAGGGGAGAGAAAGACAAUUACACCCACUCAGAGAAGCAGCAAUAUUGGGAGACAUUGAUUGAAAAGGUAUGCUCCACCAACAAUUUAAAUGCAAAUUGGCAACAGGAGAAACAUGAGCUCAUGUGAUAAGUAGUAGCUACAAAGGCUAUUGUCCUGCUGUAAUUGUAGUUUACCAGCCUAGAGUGAUAGCCCCAAGACUCGAUAAUUAUGUUCAGUUCCAUGCUGGAAAACUUUUCCCUGAUUAUUAGUGUUGCCCUGGGUCUCAUAUUUGGAAUAAAGUGAGAUAUAUAUUAGAUAUGUGAAAUAAAAUAAGUAAAUACUCUAAGUUUAGUACUGUAUAGGGAGAUGAACAAGCCAAUAUGUCUUUCCCUCCGUUGGUCGGUUGGAAGCUUGACUUGGAAAGUUGGCUGGACUUGUUGGUCAAGUCCUUUCUGUCUCUUAAUUUCUGCCAUGUUUCUUUAUGGUGUAGACAUGGAGUCUGAACAGGGCCAAGCAGAACAAGCCAACAUCCAGGACUCCACAGCAGCCGGUCCAAGUGAAGGCGGGAUGAAUGCUGACCUCCGCCGGCAGCUGGGGCUCAUCCUGCAGACCGCUGGCCGAAGCCAAGUGGAGAAGAUGCUGCGGGAACUGGUGAAGGAGCAGAGCCAGGAGGGGAAGCACAACGUCCAGAAGAAGGAGCUGCCCAAGAGCCAGGAUGAAGCUGCUGAGGUUGAAGAGGAGUUGCAGUUGGAAGAGGACAAGGCAGAGACAGUUGACUCUCCAUCAGGGAGACUAGACAGCCCAGAUGAGGGGGAUGCCAGUGGUAGCCAGUGCCAGCUUGAUCUACAGGAAGACCAGCCAACACAAAGCCCAGGACCACAAGGCCAGAGGGAAGGGAAGGCACCUAAGAGGCUAAAGGAGAAGUGUGUGGGCCAGGUGGAAAGAUCUGGUGUGUGCACUGAGUGUGGAAAGAAAACCUGGAGUGGUCCUGGGCGAGGCUACAGUGUACCCACAUCGGAGAGGCCGCACCAGUGCCCCACGUGCGGACGCUGCUUCCGACAACGCUCCAUCCUGGCCAAGCACCAAAAGAUCCACACAGGGGAGAAGCCCUACCUGUGCAUAGCUUGUGGGAAGAGAUUCAACCGAAGCUCAAACCUGGCGCAGCACCAGCGGGUGCACACCGGUGAGCGUCCCUUCCCUUGUUUAGACUGUGGCAAGGCUUUCACCCAGAAGUCUGACCUGGAGCGGCAUCAGCGGGUGCACACGGGUGAACGCCCCUACGCCUGCCAGGACUGCGGCAAGAGUUUCUCGGUUAGCUCCCACCUCGACCGCCACAGGAGAACUCAUCAGCACAGUCACCUAGAGGAACCCCCAGCAGCCAGUUUAGCCCCAGUGAUUGCCCACUGCUGUCCUGAUUGUGGGAAGUGUUUUGGACAGCGCGCUGCACUCUCAAAACAUUGUAAGACCCACUCUGGAGAACGUCCUUACCCAUGUGAUGCUUGCGGCAAGCGUUUCAGCCGCAGUUCCAAUCUUGCGCAGCACCAGCGCAUUCACACUGGGGAGCGUCCCUUCCCCUGCAGUGACUGUGGGAAGCGGUUCAUCCAACGCUCCGAUCUGGAGCGGCAUCAGCGAAUCCACACGGGCGAGCGCCCCUACACCUGUGCUCAGUGCGGUCGUGGUUUCUCGGUUAGUUCGCACCUUGACCGGCACCAGAGAGUCCACCAAGCCCAGGCUGCAGCUGCUGCUGCCCACCGCUGUCCUGAGCACAUCAAGGGCUUUCUUCUCAGCACAGGGGGCAAGCAAGUUCUUAAGCACCAGCUGUAUAGUGGCAAGGGACGCCUGACUCGUAGCGGCUACUGCUUGGACUGUGGCAAGAGCCUGGGCAAAAUCCCACUUCAACUGGUGGCCCCACCAGUGGAGAAGCCCUUUAAGUGUGACAGUUGUGGGAAGGCUUUUGCCCAGCGUUCAGCCUUGGGAAAGCACCAACGCAUCCAUACUGGGGAGAAGCCUUUUUCCUGCACAGACUGUGGAAAGGCCUUCAUUCAGAAAUCGGACUUGACCAUCCACCGGCGCAUGCACACUGGGGAGAAACCUUACCGCUGUGACACUUGUGGAAAGUGCUUCAGUGUCAGCUCCAACUUGCUGACCCACCAGCGCACCCACCUGGGCGAGAAGCCCUAUGCCUGUGGGGAGUGUGGCAAGGCUUUCAUCCAACGCUCAGAGCUUACUAUUCAUCAGCGCACCCACACUGGGGAGAAACCCUACAAGUGCAGUGUCUGUGGCAAGAGCUUCAGCCGCAGCUCCCACCUCAACCGUCACCAACGCACCCACGGCAAUGACAAGAGUGUUAUUGGUUCUGAGGCAGCCCCUACAGCAUUGCUUUCCACUCAUACCACCAAACCUGCCAGCUCCCUCCCUGCAUCUGCAUUCUCAGCUUCUUUCACAUCACCCAGCCCUCUCCCUACCUUGCCUUCCUUCCCCUCUUCUCCAUCAUCCUUGCACAUCCCUUCUUUGGACCUUCCCUGGUCCCUGCCCUUUCCAUCACGUAGCUUUUCCCAUUCAGUUUUCCAAUCUGUCCCCAGCGGAGUCCAGACUUCUCUAAUAAACUAGCAUCUCCCUUCCCAGUGUUUCACCGCCUUCCCUAAAUGUGUUCGUUUUCCCUUUUUGUUCUUCUUCCUUAGUUAACGAGCCCUGCUACACAUGCCCUCCUAGCUCUUGGCUGUGACUUGGCUCAGCCAAUUCAGCAAAAUUUAUGGGAGAUGUUCCCUUGGUACCAUAAGGAAGCUUUCAUCUCAUUGAUUCUUCAGCACAUACAGCUAUUGAGGGAUGGGGCUGCACAGUCCAAUUAGAGCCUGAUGGUUGAGUUACACCAGUCUAGGGCCCUCAAGAGGUUAGACUGCAACACUCAUGGUCUGUGGAUGUGCUGUGUGGGGAUCAUGAGCAUUGCAGUCCGACACAUCUUGAGGGAAUUGUAUCAGUAGCAGCCUUUGCUUUGAUGGCCUAGGAGGCCCAAUGAAUUAAUGGACUCUAUAUUGCAGGGUCCUCAAGAUAUUGUUGGUGCUGCAACUCCCAUGACUCUUCCCCACUGACGGUGCUGGUUACAAUUUCACUUUAGCAUUUGGACAUACAUCUUUCAUCUCUGUUUUUCUCCCACCAUACUCUAACUUUGAUCUUCUUACUCCUUUCAUUCCCAAGAAUGCUUUGAUGUAGAUAAGAUUUCCAAUCUCUCUUAAGAACACCAUCUGCACUUUGGGCUGGGACUGGGGAGGGAAAGGAGAGCAGUUUCAACUGGCAGAACACCACUUAAAAAUCAUAAUGUAGGCAUGAUCUUAAUUAAUAUUCUCAGCAUCAUAGCCUCAGCUGUCCUAAUUAAUUCUUUACCAAAUAGCGAAACAACAAGUUGUCAACUAUUAUACACAAUAGUGUCAUACAGCAUAUGAGUCAAUCAAAAGAUGAAUAGCUAAACAAAGUACAAUACCCAAUAAUGCAGUUUUUUUCUUGGCAGAGAUUACUUUGUCUGUUGCACAUGUGGUAGACCCAUUCCAACAGAUCCCAUUGACAAAAUUAAAUUCCUCAUUCACACAGUCUGUCAAGAAGGCCUAGCGAAAGGAUAUAUUUCCUUACAGCAAUAUGAAUUCCUAUACAACAAGUAUCCAAGAACUCCAGUCUUUUACAUUCUAUCAAAAAUUCAUAAAAGGCAUCACACCCUCUCCUGACAGACCUAUAGUUUCCAGUACAUCUUCAGUUUUAGAACCUUUGGCACAAUUUAUAGACUACCAUUUACAACCAUAUGUUUCUAAGAUGCGAUCCUACAUAAAAGAUGCUGCUGCUCCAGUUGAGUGAUGUAGCCCCAUGCUGCCCAUUACAUGAUGUAGCCUCAAUUCUGGCAGAGCUCUGUGGUUCAACUGGGGUGGCAGUGUGGUAGGAUGGUGCGCCGCCAACACGGGAGCCUCCCCGUGUUCAAUUUGGAAUAAUGGGGAUACCAUCGGGACAAGCAGCGUGGCGACACAUCCCCACAUGUGAUGGGGAAGUAUUGCCGCCAGUUGGUCGGGCGCAGGGAUUGCCUUGCUGCCCCACCAAUUCCCCACGGAGGCUGGCAAAUCGGCACAGGGACCUCAUUCAUGUGAUGAAGUCCAAAGUACUUCUGGACCUCUAGAAAUCUCUAGGUUCUUUAUUGAAAAGUAGUUUGCAUUCAGUACAAUCGGAGGAAGAGAAGCAGAUCGAAUUAGGCUCAGGUAAACGCCAACUGCUGUAACCUCCCCUAGCUUUUGUUCUUCCUCCAUAACUUUUGCUGUUUUGACCAUGCUGAUGCCAUAUAGCCACAUGUGUCCAGGUUUGUCAUCUGUGAAAUCUUAAGAGGGCAUACAAAUCCAGACUGGCUUACUCUUAGUUUCUAUCAAUUGUUUGCAACCUGUGGGUCCCCAGAUGUUUUGGCCUUCAACUCCCAGAAAUCCUAACAGCUGGUAAACCGGCUGGGAUUUCUGGGAGUUGUAGGCCAUAACACCUGGGGACCCACAGGUUGAGAACUACUGCCCUACAUCUUCUAAUUUGUAAUUUUCUAGUCAUUAUAUUGGUUGAAGUUUCUUUCUUUCUCUCCCCUUUUCCCUCCCAGUUUGUUGUUGCCACCAUAAUCACUACCUUGGCACUUUUCAUUAUGGUGCAUCUCCAGAUAGGAAAGAUGAUCUAGCUACUUCUUGGGAAACUUCUGAAUGUCAAAUAUGGAGACCCUGAAAAGAAAAUAAUGGAUAAUCUUUUUGGCUGCUGCUGAGAACAGACCUAGAGAGGAAAACUACUGUGAUAUAUGUACAUCUAGAAACGCCUGCCUUGUCUUGAUACACCUCUGCCCUUUCAUUCAUGGAGGAGGCAUAUCUUGAAGUUCUAUCUGUGUUCUCAGUGAAAUCAUGUCUUAAGAUUUUCAAAAGCCAUUGAGUUCAAAUUUUGAAAGAUGUCAUCAUUGUCAUCAUUACAUACAUAUUAAUUUCAGCAAACCAAAACAUUGAUGAGCUUUUCACAUAUAGGCACAUGGCUGCCUGUUAAACAUUUCUUGUUGCUGUUGUUAUUUGUAUUGUUAAAAAAUUUUUUUACUGUCUAAAGCUGUCUUAUUAUUGACAGAUUUUAAAGGGGUGAAGUUUUUAAACUAUGAAAUUAAAAAAGAAUAUUGGAAAUAAUUUUUGGGAAAUGGAUACGGCAAUAUAGUAUGCUUAAAUGUUGGUGUCAAAGAGUAAAAGGAGGCGAUUAAACUACUUCCAUUUGUUCUCUA